GUUUUUUCUGAAUACCUAUAGUAUGCAAAUUAAUCGUUAUAGUAACCUGACUUCAUAGAUGUUCCCCGUGUUGGUUUCAUAGAUGUUGUAUCAACAUCGAUACUUUUUUUGUUCUCUAACUCUCAUACCUAUUGUAAAAAUGGUAGACCAUAGGGAUCUUAUCAACGCGUGGAGGCGGGCAUCUUAUCGCACUAAGAAGUCAGAUGGUUUUAUAAACCAUCUAGACGAUGGACCGAUUGUUCACCGUCGUACUCUAUGUGAUAUCACAAAUGUUCAACAACCUUCAUAUGUGAUCCCUGGUACUUAUUUGGUAGAUUUACAAUGUCGUUAAUUAUAUGUGCGUAUUUGACAAUCAUACUAUUUGUGAUUAUGUUUAACUUCUCUUUCCUUUCUGAACGCCCGUGGUGGAUAACUAUAGGAACUAAUGUUGGGGCAGAUCAUAUGUUGGGGCAGCUAAUCAAACCCACGCGAGAUGAUAAGCACGGGAAAGUUGAUCUUCGUCCCCUUUGUAAUUCAAAUGACCCAGCUAGCUCGGUUGAUACAUCAAUCUCGCAUAAUGAAUCAACAUAUCCUCCUAAAGCUACGGGAGCGUCUGAUGUAAUUGCAGAUAAAAAUAUAAAAGGUAAAAUGAUUGUGCUUUUUCCAUACUCGUUUGCUGUCAUGUUGUUUUUACCUUUCGCUUUUGAGAGAAACCCAAGGAAGACAUCAGUAGAUAACUUGAAUGAUAGCACAGAAAAUACGCAAGUAACAGAAGAAGAACGCAAACGAGACCGUAAAAAAGCUUUGAGGAGAGCUGCAUAUCGGCAGAGAAAAGAUCGGAAUCUCCAAGAUGAACAUGCACAGGCCCUUAUUUUAUCUGCCAACCCAACUAGCUCCAACUAUACAUCAUUCUCGGUUGAUGCGACGACAUUUCAAGCUACAACUACUGUCACAUCUGGUCUCAUUAAUGACAUGGAGGUACAAGAUGUGGUCUUGAAUAACACCCAAGAAACAAAGCAAAAAACCGACGAAGAACUCAAGAGAGAUCGUAGAAACGCCCUGCGGAGAGCUGCUUAUAGGAGGAAAAAGGAUAAGCUUAUCCAUGAUGAAAACAUACGUCCACUUUCGUUAUCAGCCAACCCUAAUAGCUCCAGCUAUAUAGAAUUCGAGGGUGACGCAGCAACAUUUCCCCAUUCAACAUUAGACGCGUCUGUUGUCACUCAUGACAAUGAUCUAGCUAGGAGGCAACGUGAUAAUGAGCGGAAAAGAAAUUUAACAAACGUGCAAAGGGAGCAAAUAAACGCACAGAGGCGUGCAGAUUAUCAGCGGAAUAAGGACAAGGUAUCUGUUGAUGUCAGAGAAACAGUGAAUGAAAAAGUACGAGAGAAGCGAAUGCAACGUCGCAAAAGCAUGUCAGUGAUUGAGAAGGGGGAGUCAAGUGCUCAGAGGAAGGCCAAUUAUGCCAGAAGAAAAAACACCCCAUGCAACGAAUCCAUCGCGCUCCCACGUCCAGACCUAGCAAACUCAACCUCUGAAUGUCCCACUUUAAUCUGCCGCGCAUCAUCCGUCUCUCGGGUCGCCGAAGAUGAUUCAUCUGAUGGCGACCCUCCGACGAACAAGACGAAUUACAUUGUUGGUAUCGAAGGUAUGAAAUUGCUAAUGUCACUUUCUUCUGCUCAUUAUCAGCAACCAUCUUCUAACAUGAUGUUAUCUACUGUGACAUUCGCAACGACGAAUGUCCAGAGGACAUCGAAUUUUUACAAAGCGGCAUCGUGGGCGAUGAGCCGACAGCAGCCGAAUUGAUGGAUGAGGAGUACUACAUGUUUCGCAACGAAGG